UUCUCUCCCAACGCGAUAAUAUUUUUUGCGAGAGGACAAAGUUACAAAACCUCAAGUCCAGACUUACGUUUCCUCACUCGCAAAUAUUUUACAGUACCCGAUUUCGUCGCCACUACCGGAGAUUGUCAUCAACUCUGAGAGAGCAGCGUCAGGUAUUGUAAUCGCAAAUUACGAAGCUCGUUCGUUGAUUCAAACACCAACAAUGGAUCUUUCGGAAGAGAUACGGGCUCUGCAGCUUGAUUCAUCUGUCUUUUGUGCAGUAGAAGAUAGUGGUGCUAUUGAUGUGGAGGAAAUCAAGCUGGAAGAAGCUGAUGUUGCUGUUAAAAUGGAUGAAGACAUCGUGGAGUCCUCAAAUGCUGACCAAAUGCAAGUUGAGCCAAAAGAUAAGGAAAAGGUGGAAGCUCCUGUCCAUGAAGUAAAGGAAGCGCCUGUCCAUGAAGUAAAGGAAGCUCCUGUCCAUGAAGUAAAGGAAGAGGAAACCAGGAACAAAAAACGUCACCUGAAUCUUGUAUCUAUUGGUCACGUGGAUGCUGGUAAGUCUACGAUCGGUGGCCAAAUACUUUUUCUUAGUGGACAGGUGGAUGACCGUACAAUCCAAAAGUACGAGAAAGAAGCCAAGGAUAAAGCGAGAGACAGCUGGUACAUGGCAUACAUUAUGGAUACUAAUGAAGAAGAACGUUCUAAGGGUAUUACAGUUGAAGUGGGAAGAGCACAUUUCGAGACUGAGAGAACCAGAUUUACUAUUCUGGAUGCACCGGGUCAUAAAAGCUAUGUGCCAAAUAUGAUAAGUGGGGCUUCACAAGCUGACAUCGGAGUUUUGGUUAUAUCUGCUCGGAAAGGGGAGUUCGAAACUGGAUAUGAGAAAGGAGGACAGACUCGAGAACAUGUCUUGCUUGCAAAGACCUUAGGUGUUUCUAAGCUUAUAGUUGUGGUCAACAAGAUGGACGAGCCUACGGUCAAUUGGUCAAAAGAAAGGUAUGAUGAAAUAGAGUCAAAGAUGAUUCCUUUCUUGAAAUCCUCAGGCUAUAAUUGCAAGAAAGACGUCCAGUUUCUUCCAAUAUCAGGUUUGGUUGGAUCAAACCUAAAAACAAGAUUAGACAAAAGUGUAUGUCCAUGGUGGAAUGGUCCAUGUCUUUUUGAAGUGCUAGAUGCUGUUGAAGUCCCCACACGAGAUCCUAGUGGCCCCUUUAGGAUGCCCAUCAUUGACAAAUUCAAGGACCUGGGAACUGUUGUUAUGGGGAAAGUAGAAUCUGGCUGUGUACGUGAGGGUGACUCCUUAAUUGUCAUGCCAAACAAGGUUAUUGUGAAAGUUGUUGCCAUAUAUGUUGAUGAUGAUAAGGUUAGACGUGCAGAACCUGGUGAAAAUCUGCGGGUCAGACUGUCUGGGAUUGAAGAAGAAGAUAUAUUAUCAGGCUUCGUCUUGUCAAGCAUUUCCAAGCCAAUUCCAGCUGUUAAUGAGUUUGUUGGUCAGUUGAGGAUCCUUGAGUUGCUUGAUAAUGCAAUUUUUACCGCUGGCUAUAAGGCAGUCCUGCAUGUUCAUUCUGUCGUUGAAGAAUGUGAGAUUGUAGAGCUGCUGCAACAGAUUGAUUUAAAAACUGGGAAAGGGAUGAGGAAAAAAAUUCUUUUUGUUAAGAAUGGUGCUGUUGUUGACUGCCGUAUCCAGCUUAACAACUCAAUAUGUGUAGAGAAGUUUUCUGAUUUUCCACAACUUGGAAGGUUUACCCUUCGAACUGAAGGCAAAACGGUAGCUGUAGGGAAAAUCAUUGAACUUCCAUCAGUUGGCAAUAGUGCUUGACUAAAUUCUCUAUCACAGGUGGGGCCCUCUUCCCUCUGUGAGGCGUCGUCACACAAGGGCUAAGGCGGCUAGAUGUUCAAACAAGCAAUCACUGAAGCAAGUAUGAGGGAUAGUAUAGUUUUGUCAGAAGAGAAAUAUGCACUUGAAUGUUCCAAAUGGUGCGAAUGAGGGGGCUCUAUAUCAAGCACAUAUGAUCCAUUUGCAUUACUCAAUUGAACACUAGUUGAUUUUUAUCAGAGAUUUGUUAGUUAUGCUGAUAUAUAAUUGCUACAUACUCCAGGAUUUAAUGGACUAGCCAACCAGCUUAUAGUUUGAUGUUACUACAUAUGCUUAUACUCCUUUUUGUUGAUUUAUUGUGAUGUAAGAACUUCAGUUUCUUGGUAGUUUUGCACUUAUCUAAAGUUGCUAAAGUUGCACUUUGAUAUGAGACUCCUGAAAGCAUUUUGUUAUAUAAAUUUCUGGUCUUCUGGAUU